AUGUCCUCCACAAACGCCUCUUCUACGUCGCCAAAAGAGACACCAGCAUCCUCGCCUAUUACAGAUAGCAUUAUGGAGAAAAACGACAACAAUGGCGUGUCGAGCGACAUGCUGAAAGAGGAGGAACAGAUGCGCCGAGCUCGCGAGAAGGCAGACGCGAAGCGCGAUCAGCGGUUGGAGAAAGAGCGCCAAAAGGAUAUACAGGGCGGACAAGAAGUUGUGGACUCAAAGUUUAAGGCGCUGGAAUACCUGCUGAGCCAGAGCAAGCUUUAUUCGAGCAUUAUGCUAGCGCAGAUGCAGCGACAGGAAGAAGAGGAAGAGGCUAAGGAUGUUAAGGCAAAGAAAAGAGAGGAAAAGGCUGAAAAGGUUGCAGAAGCGAGCCAAAGGAGAGCCACGCGUGCUACGGUCACAACAGGCAAAGCGGCUCCGAAUGAAGAUAACAUGGAGGCGAAGAAAACGGUGCCGGCAAGAGGUAGAGGCAGGCCGAAAAAAGAAGCAGGCCAGUCCAAAAUCUCCGAUUUUGUCAAGAAGGAGGAUCUCAAAGCGAAAGGUGGAAAUGCGAGCGUGUCCGAGGCGCUGCAGGAGGCCGCUGAGGCAGACGUCAAGUCGUCUGAUAUUGGUAUCCAGAAUCUGAACUCAGCGAGACAACCAAAACUCGUAACCGGCGGUACCAUGCGCUCCUACCAGUUAGAAGGCUUGGAGUGGUUGACAUCACUGUACGAAAACGGCCUGAACGGAAUUUUGGCGGAUGAAAUGGGUCUGGGCAAAACCAUCCAGACUAUUUCAUUUCUAGCAUUUCUCCGCGAGAAGGGCGUCUACGGACCGUUCCUGAUCUCCGCACCUCUUAGCACGACGAUGAACUGGGUCUCCGAAGUACGAAAAUGGACACCUGAAAUCCCGGUGGUGCUGUAUCACGGCAGCAAGCAGGAACGCGAGGAGAUCCGCAGGAAACAACUGAAACGUCCUGGUAGCCCGGAAUUUCCAAUUGUCGUUACAAGUUACGAGAUCUGCAUGAACGACCGCAAAUUCCUUGCAGGCUUUGGCUGGAAGUUCAUCAUCAUCGACGAGGGCCAUCGCAUCAAGAACCUUAACUGUAGACUCAUCCGAGAGUUACAGAGCUACCAAUCAGCAAACCGCUUGCUGAUUACAGGAACUCCUCUGCAGAACAACUUGACAGAGUUGUGGUCGUUGCUACACUUCUUGAUGCCCACUAUUUUCGAUAAGCUGGAGAGCUUCGAGAGUUGGUUUGAUUUUUCGGCACUGAAAGAACGCAAUGGAUAUGAGCAGAUCUUGUCAGAGGAGAAGAAGCAAAAGCUAGUAGCAAGUCUGCACGCUAUUCUGAAGCCCUUCCUCCUGCGCAGAGUCAAGGCCGAUGUGGAGAAGCUCAUGCCGCGUAAGCGGGAAUACGUUCUUUUCGCACCGUUGUCGCCGAUGCAGCGCGAGCUGUACCAAGCCAUUCUGGACGGCACAAGCAGGACCUACCUAGAAGAGAAGGCCGUCGAGAGCAUGACCAACAGCGCGGCAGGCACACCCCGUAAUGGCACGCCAGCAAGCCUGAAGCGUAAAGGGGCUGAAAGCAGCGGCACAGCGACGCCUAGCAAGAGUACGAAAACCAGCCGCGACGCUACGCCAGCCUCAGCCACCAGUGGGCGGGGACGUCGCCGUGCGGCCGCCGGCAAGAAGAGAUAUGAAGAAGUCAGCGACACGGCAUAUUUCCGUUCCCUGGAGGAAGAAGAAGCCUCGGAGGAGACUCCUGAAACGACAGAAGGCGAAGUAGACGAGGAAGAAUCUCUCCGCGCAGCCACACUCGCCCUCGCCAAGCGUCAGAUCCAAGCCAAGAAGCUGCAGAACCCGGUGAUGCAACUGCGGCUGUGCUGUGAUAGCCCGUAUAACUUCUUCAGCCCGUUUUACAACGCGCAAACCGGAGAGCAAACGGAGCCAGACGAGACACUUGUGACGACCAGCGGCAAAAUGCUGUUGCUUGACAGCUUACUGUCGCGGCUAUUCGCAGAGGGUCACAAGGUGCUGGUGUUCAGCCAGUUCAAGACGAUGCUGGACUUGUUAGAGCAGUACGCGGAAGAGCUGCGCGGCUGGCGCACGGCGCGAAUCGACGGCAGCGUUGCGCAGUCCGAACGACAAAAGCUCAUCGAAGCGUUCAACAAGCCGGCCAAACCGGCCGAGACUCCGAAGCCCAAAGCCUCCAAGCGGCGAGGCAAGCAGCAGCAACAGCAGUCCGAUGAGGAAGAGAAUGAAAACGACGACGCCUCCGCCGCCCCCGUCAACCUCUUCCUCCUGAGCACGCGCGCCGGCGGCCAAGGCAUCAACCUCGCAGCCGCGGACACAGUCAUCCUGUUCGACAGCGACUGGAACCCGCAGCAAGACCUGCAAGCGCAAGACCGGGCGCACCGGAUCGGGCAAACAAACAACGUGCUGGUGUACCGGUUCGCGACGCGCAACACAGUCGAGACGCAGCUGCUAGAGGCAGCAGAAGGGAAGCGCCGGCUCGAAAAACUGGUGAUUAGGAAGGGGGGCCUGAGCCGCUCGGGCAAGGACAAGGAGGUUAGAGACGAGUUGGAGGAGCUGCAGAGGCUGCUGAGGCGCGAGGAUGGCUUGGCUUGGGAUGUUGCUGAGGGUGGGAAGGGUGUGCUUGCCGAAGAGGACUUGCGCAUUUUGACCGAUCGCAGUGAUGCCGCGUAUGAGCGUGCGGAGAUGGGCGUGGAUGUUGGUGGCGAGGGUGGCAUGUUUAAGGCUGUGGAGUCGAAGGGGGAGGGGGCGUUGUUGGAGGGCUUGAAGGCUUAGAAGACAGGUGAGGCACUACGCUGGAUGUUGGAUACGUACGUUUGAUUGGUGGGUGGGUUUGUUUGAAUAGCGUCUUCCGAACUGUUAGGCGUGUGUUUGGAGUUGGGCGUACAAUUGAUACAUAGACACUCUGUUACCAGUCUGGCUUCGGGGCGUGUUCGCUGUUCACUUUUCACUCUUCGCG